AUGGAGGCUAUCUGGGCUUAUAGUGGUCAUUAUCACCCGACAGAAGAGAAUUUCAUGGAAUUAUGCAGUUUCUUGGAGGAACAUCAUGUCGACUUGACAAAUGUUAAGAAAUGUCCAAUAGAUGAUGAUAUCCCCAGUGAAGUUAAAACUCAUAUGGAACUGAAAUUACCAGGGUCUGUUAAAGAAAUGGCUGAAAAUAUUUCAUGUACAAAUACCGACCCAAUUCAUGCCAAAGAGAAUUCUAUUAGAAAAGAUCAUGGCAACGAAGAAAAUUGUGAGGGAAACAAGUCAGUUGACAAAACUGUGGCGUUUGAUUUGGGGAAGGCUGUAAAAUACAAGUGGAGUACAGGGGUUGGUCCUCGGAUUGGCUGUGUCAGAGACUACCCAGCACAGCUACAAUUCAAGGCACUGGAACAGGUUAAUUUAUCACCAAGGGUCAAGCCAGGACUUUCUUUGCUGACAUGUGGCUCAAUUCCUUCUCCAAGACCAAGUCCCAAUGUUCACUUAUCUACUAGGCUUGCCUAUCUUGGACUAGUUAGCCCACGGGUUUAG